AUGAGGAAAGGUGCUCCGCUACUCACUCUCGAAGAGUUGAUUCUCGUCGGCAAGCUACAAAAAAUCCUUCACAAGCGCAGUCCACCAACAUGUCGCCUAGGCAGCGCAUGCGAGAAGGUCGACCCUCGCAGAUCAACGAGGAGGUCAAUCAGCAUCGCCCAAACCGCGAAGGUCACCAACGUGUGUUUGUGCCUAAUAAAUCACAGUCAUAAGCUGAUUGAAGGGACUUCCUUUUGGCCCUGGCGCCUACUGUUUCGUCGAGCAUUUCGCCUUCCUGAAACAAAAGGAAAACUGCAAAGGCAAAAUCCUCUCGGCCUCGCGACCGCAGUGUUGAAGGCCGAAGCCGAAGGCCGUAAAAGACACGGCCGAAGAAGCUGUGAUCACCAACCACCAGACCAGGGCAUUGAAUGCGUUCCCACAGCUAAGGGGGCAGAACCCACGAUCAGGGCGGUGGACUUGAGGUCAGAUCACCAACCACCAGACCAGGGCAUUGAAUGCGUUCCCACGGCCAAGGGGGCAGAACCCACGAUUAGGGUAGAACCCUUCUCGGCCACCGCCCUAAUCAUGGGUUCUGCCCCCUUGGCCGUGGGAACGCAUUCAAUGCCCUGGUCUGGUGGUUGGUGA